UGGACUUCAAACGCACUGGCACAGACUCUGAACGCAUCGCAGUGAUGAAGCCCCUUACAGUUCCAGUGAGCUCCAGGUGGACGCUGCUGCUGCUGCUGCUGCUGAGCGCGUGUCUGACGCCGGCGGCGAGCGCGGACUGUGGCACCGACUGCGCUCUCUGCUCGGUGCAACUACCACUGAUAGACCUAAACUCAGUUGAAUGCGUGUUGCAGUGCGAGGAACAUCUAAAUGCAGGCGGCUCAUGGAGUUUGUGCAAACGCUUCAUGCUGAAUGCUGAAAACGUACCUGAGAGCAACCAAGCGUCCACAGAGAACGAACACUUGGACCCCCAGCAGCACCAAGUGGACAAAAAAUAUGGUGGCUUCAUGAAGCGUUAUGGGGGUUUUAUGAAGCGUUACGGAGGUUUUAUGAAGCGUUAUGGAGGCUUCAUGAAGAGGACGGCAGAGCUCCACGGGGAGAAGCCAGAAGAUAUGGACCAGGGCGGAGCAAUCCUGACCUAUCAUGACGUUGAAAUGCUGGCCAAUCAAGUUGAGGCUGAUGGCGAGAGGGAGAGGGAGGAGGCGGCGGCUCUGAGAGACGUUCUUGAUUCAGUGGAGGGCGUAAAGGGUACCACCAAACGUUACGGGGGCUUUAUGAAAAGGGCAGGGCUGCGUGACUCCGAGAGCGAGGUUAGGCCACUACAGAAACGUUACGGCGGUUUCAUGAGGAGGGUAGGCCAACCAGAGUGGUGGCAAGAGAACAAACGCUACGGAGGCUUCCUGAGACGCACACCUGAGGAAAAUGAUGAUGAAUAUUCAUUAGAGUUAAAAAAGAGAUACGGUGGAUUCAUGGAAUAUUGAGCUGGUCUUUUCCGGUUUGCACCACCUCUCUAGCAUCUUAGACCACACCUGUGAGACAACAGAGACAGAAAACAACAUGCUUAUUAUGCGCUCAUAAUGUGUUACAAAGUGUUCAUUAUGUCUUUAUAGUGGUAAUGUGAUUUAGUGUGAACAAGACUUCCUCAAAGACCAAGGAUGUAUUUGUUUUGUUCCAAAACCUAGUGAGCUGGCUCCGUAGGCAGCAUUUUAAGGCCCCAUUGGGUUUGGGCCACGAGUCACAACAUUAAGGGUGUAGGGGUGUACAUUUAUGUAUUUAGCAGACGCUUUUAUCCUAAGCGACUUACAGAGCCCUUAUUACAGGGACAAUCCCUCCAACCUGGAGUUAAGUGCCUUGUUCAAGGACACAAUGUUGGUGGCUGUGGGGAUAGAACCAGCAACCUUCUGAUUACAAGAUUACCAGUUAUGUGCUUUAGACCACUACACCAUCACCACUCCCAAAUGUAAUUAUCCUGCCAUCCAAGAUACCUUUUUGGCCAGCCAAUUUCUUUGGCAGCUUUGCAUUUAACAUUUGUGGAGAAGGCUAUCCCAGAUUGGAAAUCCUAGCUAGGAUUUAUUACCAGUGGUGGCUCAGCAGUUAAGGCUCUGGGUUACUGACCGAAAGGUUGGGGGUUCAAGCCCCAGCACCGCCAAGAUACCACUGUUGGACCCUUGAGCAAGGCCCUUGACCCUAUCUGCUCCAGAGGUUAGUUGGGAUAUGCGAAAACAACUUAACAUAAAUGUAAGAGUUUUUAAAGACCUUUUUAAGGCCAGCUAAAGACAAUUUAAGUACUGAAUUAAAGGGAACACAAUACGUCAAUAUGCCCCCUAAAUGUACUGUAAAUGUCCGGGGAGCCCAUGAAGAGUCCUAUUUAUAGCAACGCUUCAAAAUGCAUCUUUAAAUAGACCUCCAUUACUCCGGUGUUGUCAGAUUUUAUUGCUGAUUCGAAAUAGGUUCUUUUAUCGUAAUCUUGGCCAAGCGUUUUUGAGAUUUCGGUGUUUACACAUUCAAGUAGACAGAAGCUCCACUGGCAGGACUGGAUAUAACCUCCCGAGAGCGUCCCAAAGAUGGCCGACAGUGGACUGACUUGCUAGAAAGGCUUUGCUUAAACACAUCGAGAAAACAAUCCCUCCUGCAAUAUUUAAGGCCAUGACCACGGCUGGACUGGGAAGAUAAAUCUGCACGGGAUAUUACAUGGUAACUGGCCCAAAACUUGUUUUGGGGGGGAGGGGUGUUUUAGGCAACAGUUGUUGAAUGGGUGUUCGCUGUCCUUUUCUGCAUAUCGUAGUGCCGUUUUGUGGUCCGUUCUGCAUAACGCGGCGGCUCAUUUUUCAGCGGCACAGUUUCGUGGCCGACCCACCAUCCUGCUCGGCUCUCACGAUGGCCAGUCAUAGAAAUGUAGAUAUUAAAUUUAAAGCUCCAAUCUCCUCAGUCCUCCGAAGAUCCCGAAAAAAGUCCGUUGGUGCUUCAGUGACUACUUCGCUCAGAGAACCUGUCAAUCACAGCUGUCAAUCAUGAUGUCACAGCACCGUUUUUAUAGCAUCAAAUAACUAAAAACAAACUUAUUUUGAAAACAAACACUUGAAAUUACAUCAAUGUGAUAGAAACGACAGUAAAUGACAGAAACUAUCUUUGGAAAAAAGAUAUGUGAAGUGUAAUUUAAUUGUUUAGUUGGUCUCACGUCCCGUUGAAUAACAUGGGGAGGCGGGGCUUAUGACCUAUACUAGGACCAGUCACCGGGGGGCGAUCAAGACGUUUUGGCUUCACUUUUGAGGGCUUGUGCGGCACGCUUGGUGUGCGACAUGACCUGGAACGCAGAAAAAUGAAGUAUACUUGAGCGAUGGAUGUGGCCUUAGAAGGCAACUGCCUAUAUAGGCAGCGAGGCAGCUCACUAGGUUUUGGAACAAAGCAAUUGUCUUAAUAUUGACAUCUCAAUUCACAUGUCCGAGCUGUGUAGCAGAUUUUAAUAAACACAUUUGCAUCCCUUACUGUAUAUCAACCAUUUCCUGAUUUAUUUUCAUUACUUUUAAUUUAUGCAUAACAAAUGUACAUUUUUUACAAAGCAAAUCUGAAGGAGAUUUGCCCAUUACCUGGUAAACACCUCCUGAAAACAUUGGUCUUUUACACAGAUGUCUAUUUCUUCUGACAGCAGCCUGAAUGUUGUCAUCAGCUUGAAUAAACUGCUCGA